AUGUGGGUUUUCGGCUAUGGCUCUUUGGUGUGGAAGGUCGACUUCAUGUAUGAGAAGCGAGUCAUUGGUCAUAUCAAAGGUUAUCUUAGAAGAUUCUACCAGCACAGCAUUGACCACCGAGGCAUUCCCGAUAAACCUGGACGUGUAGUAACACUAGUGCCAUCAGGUAACUUGGAGGACACAGUUUGGGGCAUAGCAUAUAAAAUCAAGCAAGAAGACUCAGAAAAAGUGACAGAGCAUUUAGACUUCAGAGAGAAAAACGGUUACACGAGAAAAUCUGUUAUGUUCUAUCCUCAAGAUCCAAAAAUGAAACAGUUUCCUCUUACCCUCUACAUCGCUACAGAAGACAAUGAAUCAUAUGCAGGACCUGCUUCAGUAGAGGACAUUGCAAAGCAGAUUAUCAAUUGUAGUGGCCCAAGUGGCACAAACAAGGAUUAUGUUUAUAAACUCGCUGAAACCCUGAGAAAUCUAAUGCCUGGUGUUAAAGAUGAUCAUCUCUUUGCUCUUGAGGAAGCUUUGAAGAAACUGGAGAUGGCUGCCCAACCAAAGAAAACUUGAUAAUGUGAUUCAGUUCUGCAAUAAUAAGAAAGAACAGAAAGGUGUACACAUGUUUGGGCUAAUCUUGUAUGUUGUAUAUUAUGUGCAACCAUUUUGUUAUCCAUACAUAUACAUCCAAGUGGGUGUUGGAGAAUUAGAAACACUGUUUGCUUAAGCAAAAGAAAUAUGUUUAUACUUAUACGUUAAUCAGGAACUUUGGUGGCAACACUACUACCAAGGACCAAUUACUUAAGUAGGGCAACUUGUGCGAGAGCAACAUAAAGCAAGAAAUCUCUAUUCGAGAAUAGCCUUAUCUUGCGCUUUAUGUCGCUCUCGCGCAAGGCGCGCCCUGUCGCACUAGCCUUACCGUUUUCGAUUGUCAUGAUUC